ACCCCCCUAUGCACCCCCAGGGCGCCUGCGCUCUGACAUCUCGCGUCAACAGGGAGACCCGGCGGGACGAGAGUUGAGCGGCGCAUGCGUGAAGUGAACGGAGAAUUCUGUGAGGUGCCGGUACUCAGCUGGGAAGAAGUAACGGCGGACAAGCCGGAAAGUAGCCGGACACGUCCCGACUGCAAUAUGUGACCUUCCCGGAGCCCGCGUGUGCCGAGGCUUGCCCAUGGAGCCAUGGAGGGUCGGGACUGAGAGCCCCCCGGCGCAGAGAGCCAGGACUGUGUGUGCUGCGCCUGAUCACCGAUAGGAGGCGCCAUGUCUGUCGGGUCCACAGCGCCCCCCUCCGCUCCGGUGGCGGCCGGAGGACCUGUGGCUGAGAGCUGGUGUUACACCCAGGUUAAAGUAGUGAAGUUUUCCUAUAUGUGGACCAUAAAUAAUUUUAGUUUUUGCCGAGAAGAAAUGGGAGAAGUUUUAAAAAGUUCUACUUUCUCUUCGGGGCCAAAUGAUAAGAUGAAAUGGUGUUUGCGGGUGAACCCCAAAGGGCUGGAUGAUGAGAGCAAGGAUUACCUAUCUUUAUACCUGCUACUGGUUAGCUGUCCGAAGAGUGAAGUUCGAGCAAAGUUUAAAUUUUCUCUAUUAAAUGCAAAAAGGGAAGAAACAAAAGCCAUGGAAAGUCAAAGAGCUUACCGGUUUGUUCAAGGCAAAGACUGGGGCUUUAAGAAAUUUAUUCGGCGAGAUUUUUUACUUGACGAAGCUAAUGGUCUCUUACCGGAUGAUAAACUUACCUUGUUCUGUGAGGUGAGUGUGGUUCAGGAUUCUGUGAACAUGUCAGGCCAGUUCAGCAACAAUAACUUGAAGGUUCCAGAAUGUCGUCUGGCGGAAGACUUGGGGCAUCUCUGGGAGACGACCCGAUUCACAGAUUGCAGCCUCUAUGUAGGAGGUCAGGAAUUUAAAGCUCAUAAAUCUAUCCUAGCAGCUCGCUCCCCCGUAUUCAGUGCAAUGUUUGAACACGAGAUGGAGGAAAAUAAAAAGAAUAGAGUAGACAUUCAUGAUGUGGAACCUGAAGUAUUUAAAGAAAUACUGAGAUUUAUGUAUACGGGAAAAGCCCCCAAUCUAGACAAGAUGGCUGAUAACUUGAUGGCAGCAGCAGAUAAAUAUGCAUUAGAGCGAUUAAAAAUCCUGUGUGAAGAAGCUUUAUGCAGUAGCCUUUCAGCGGAAAAUGUUGCUGAUGUCCUUAUCUUGGCAGAUUUGCACAGUGCCGAGCAGCUGAAAGCACAAGCAAUAGACUUUAUUAACAGAUGUAGUCUUCUCAGGCAACUAGGUUGCAAGGACGGCAAAAACUGGAAUGGCAGUCAAGCAACCGACAUAAUGGAGACUGCAGGCUGGAAAUCCAUGAUCCAGUCCCACCCACAUUUAGUGGCAGAGGCCUUCCGAGCACUGGCGUCCGCACAAUGUCCGCCCUUUGGAAUUCCCAGAAAGCGACUAAAACAGUCCUGAAACAUGCUCAUGAACUGCGUAUUUCCACCAAUAAAGGAUAGGACACUCAGUGUUCCAAACUGAGUACCACACAAGCUGAGGCAUCCGUUCUCUCCCACUUCACGUGCCCACGGGGGACUGAGGACAUCGCUAGCAUUGCGGAUGGAUGAUGUGAUCCACAGCUUUAAAUUGGACUGGUUGAUCUCCGACUCACUGAAUGGCCUUAAAUUACCCUCAGCAGAUCCCAUCUAUACUGUGUUACGUACGGCAGUUUACGUGUUUUUUUUUUUUUUCUUUGUUUUUAUAAAUAAACUGUGCCUUGUCGUGUGACCAGGCUAUGCAGGAUUGCACUAACUCUAUAAUACGGUAAUAACUGAAUUCUGGUUUUUCAGAAGGAUAGUUGUUGUUUUUUUUUGUUCUGUGGAAAAAAAUUUGUUUUGCUUUGUCCAUGUUCCGUGUCAUAGAUGGAAACCUUUUUGGCUCUCCAGAUGUUGUGAGACUACAAAAACCAGCAUGUUGCGUUGCCUUUAGCCAUCAGUGGGUUGCUUUUAUAUUGCACUCCCAUACUGCACUAAGAAAAGGGGAGGCUGAAAAUGUGACUUGAGCUUUGAAAGAAUCUGAUUAGAGCCGUGGGUCAGCACAGAAUGUCUUAGACAAUUAUUUAAUUGGACCUAUUACUGGUUAAAGUAAACACGUCACCACCUCU